CGGCUUUAUUGCUUCUAUCACAAGAAGAAGAACGACACUUAUUAGAGAGGAAUAUGCAUGAAUGCAGCACUGCACAAAAAAAUUAGGGAACUCCAGAGAAACCUGUCGCAGGUUACCAAUGAGAAGGUGAACGCUCUCAUGGAACUCGCACAACUGAAGCAGGAGUACCAAUUGUUGCUACAGAAAGAUGAUCAGGAUAUUAAACAAGGAAAACCUCUUUCCAAGAUUGGAGGGAAGAAAAUUGUUCAAGAUGGGGAAGGAAGAUUUAAAAAUCUGCUGAAGAAAACUUAUUUGAAACGCUGGGUUAGUGAUUCAGAAGGAAACGAUGCUGAAUCUUACCUGACUUUUGAAGCCAACAGCAUAGGUUUGCUUUGGUGGAGCUGGAGAAGUUGCUAUCUUUGUGGGGGGAAGAUUCUGAAGGACUUUCCAGAAAUGUCAAUUGCAAACGAGACUAGCAUGGGUUUGAGUGGAAACAUGUUGAUAGCCGAAGAGUUGGCGUAUAACAAGGAAUUGUUGAAGAUGGAGCAUGAAACAUUGGUAACACAAUUGACCGACGAGCAAAAGAAUGUUUACGACUUUGUGAUGAAUGAUAUUGAUUCCAAUGAAGGUGGAUUGUUCUUUGUGUAUGGUUAA